GUCUUUCCUCCUUGCUUUUUGGUGAUGCAGGACAAGUUCCGGGUUUCCAUAGAAACUGUUGCCUGGAGAGGCUCUUUGUAGUAGAAUUUAUUCCGCUGCUUGACAAUAGAAGCUGCCUGUUCCCAAGCCCAGAUGAGAAAUUCUACAGAUUCUCUUUGAGAAAGGGGAAAAUAAAAAGCCAUUUAUGGAAGGCAGGGAGGAUUCUGAAGAAUCACCUUGCAAUCUGCAGGCCACAAUCCCUACUCAAAACUUCACCUCUCCCUCCAACGUUAGUUUGCGGUUUUCCUCCUCACUUCCGACUGGAAAGAAGACAAGUGGAGGGUGAGAAACGUUCCCAUCACCAGCUCCUGUCCCAGGUUCUCAGCAAAUUCAAAAACGAGAGAGAAGACUUCUAUCAGAUCACCUGAAAGACUCACGUCCAGCGCCCAUAAGGGUCUCGAAUUAAUCCGAAAUCCAACCGGUGAAACCUCAGCCCGCUUGGCAAACCCCUGACGCCUGAUCCGGGAGCAGCGGGACCGAGGGACUCCCCGCCACUGGAAGCAGGGAGGCGCUGGAGCUCCAAAAAGCCGGGCGUGCGCUAGGACCCGGGGCCAGCCUCCCAGAGCCGGAGCAGACACACCUGUUUUCCCGGCUCCGGAUCAACAGAACGGGGCGGGCGGGCGGACGGAGGAGUGCGCGGCCGUCCGGGCUCCGCUCGCAAGCAGCAGCGGCUGCGGAUCCCCCCCCCACGCCGCGAGGGUCUGCAAGGAGGAGCCCGCGGGCUCCGGGUCUGGGUUCUGAAGACGCGAGAAGCGGGUGGGGGCGGGUUUCCCACGUGUGGGCUUGCCAGAAGGCGGCUGCCGUGGAUUUCCCCACCCAGAACCGGCCCCGGUGGGGCUGGGCUCGUCUGGCUUUUGCAGCCUGCCGGGCGCGCCCAGCGCUCGGGAUUUAACCGCGGACUCAGUCUUCCCCUUCGUCCUUCUGUGAAAUGGGCGCAUUUGGAAAGCUCCUGCUUGCCGGCGCCUCCGGUUUGUUAGGGCGCUUCGUUGGGCAGGUCGGCGGUUUCCCAAUCAGCUGUCUGGAUUCCCCUUUGAAAAGUGGCUGAAGGGCGGGGGGGGGGGGAAGGAGAGCUACAGUUGCAUUGGCAAGACAGAAGAGACAUUGGGUCUAGAAGAGGAGGAGGGGGGGUGUCCCAGUUCCAGCCAGAGGCUCCUUUGCAGGGUUGUGGUUGUCGUUGUUUUGGGUGGGGGGAUUUGGGGGCUGGAGCAUCUGCCGGAGGAAUGGGCCGUGGGAGGAUGGCGUUGGCGGACUCUUCGGUGGAAGAAUGCUCCGACCACGUCUUUGGUGGAAGGACCCUGAACCGUCCCCGCAAGCUUUUGCGCAGGGUGGCCUCCCAGGCGGUGACUAGGACCAACCCGCCGCUGGGCAUCAUCUUCACCACCCUCCUGUAUUGCGGGGAGCUGGCCUCGGCCUGCGUGAUGACCGUCUCCUACAGCCGCUCCAACGAUCAGUUCUGGAUGGUCCUGACUCUGCUCUUGAUGCUCAUCUCCUCCGUCAUGGUCCAGCUGACCCUCAUCUUCGUCAACCGGGACUUGACCAGCGACAAGCCCUUCAUCCUUUUCAUGCACCUGGUGCUCCUGGGACCCCUCAUCAGAUGUUUGGAGUCCAUAGUGAUGUUCUACCGCCAAGGCCGGGAGGAGGAGCCUUACGUCACCAUCACCCGUAAGAAGCAUCUUCACAGCGACUGCGAGAUCGAGAUCGAGCAGGAAGUGGGCCACCUGGUCCGCCGGCUGGUCACUCACCGUAAUGCUUUCAAGCGCAUGGCGGUCAUUCAGGCCUUCCUGGGCUCCACCCCACAGCUCACCCUACAGCUUUAUGUCACUGUAAUAGAGCAGUACAUCCCUCCCAGCAGAGCUGUCCUGAUGAGCAUGUGCUUACUCUCCGUCACGUAUGGCGCUUUGGUCUGCAACACCCUGGCCAUCCAGAUCAAGUACGAUGACUACAAGAUCCACCUCCACCCACUGGCUUUCAUCUGCAUCAUCUUGUGGAGGGGUUUGGAGAUCUCAACCCGCAUCACCAUCUUGGUCCUCUUUGGGACCGUCUUCAAAUAUUACGGCUUGGCCGUUGGGGCGGCCAACUUCUUGAUCUUCUUUUUCUUACCGUGGGUUGAGUUUUGGAGAAGCGGGGCCAAGUUGCCCGAGAACGUGGAGAAAAACUUCAGCCGAGUGGGAACUUUGACUGUCCUGAUCUGCAUCACUCUGCUCUACGGCGGCAUCAAUGUCUUCUGUUGGUCGGCUGUCCAGCUCAGGUUGUCCAGGCGAGACUUGAUUGUCAGGUCCCAAAACUGGGGCUGUUUAGCUUUAUUCUAUGUGUUCCGUGGACUGGAGAACAGCCUGCUGCUCCUCGUUUGGUACUUCUUCAAGACGGAGUUCUACGAGUACGUCUGCACUCCCAUGCUUGUGCUGCAGCUGCUUGUGGCCUACUGCCUGGCCAUUGUCUUCAUGCUUUCUUUCAUGCAGUACCUGCAUCCCUGCCGCCGCCUUUUCACACAUAACGUCACGGACUUCUUGCACUGCGUCUGUUGCCAGAAGGAAGAUGUUGCCGUCUCGGUUGAUUUGGAACCACCUCGUGAACUCGGUGUGAGGCACAGCGUAGUAUGACAAUCGACACCCUGCUGAUGGGAUGAUGAUCAAUCCCAUCCGGUUUCAAGAUUCAGGAGUGGUACCUGUUUACCCCACCGGGAUAAGCCUUAAUUUCACGGUGCUAUGCUAUAAUUUAUAAGCAGGGAUGCAGGCGAUCGUGGUGGUGAUAGCUUCUGGAGCAUCAGCUGGACUUAUGAUAAUGGGCUGUAGCCUAGUGUUGUUGGUGCAGGACUAGGGCAUUCAGCAGAGACAGCAGUAGAAGACUUGACACAUAGUAUGAAAGAGGAACUCUAGUUGAUGGGGCAAACCAUCAAUGAAGGAUGACCUCUUCUAGGUGCCAGCAGUUGGACACCAGUUGGACACCAACUGCCUUGGCUGUGUUCAUUUCCAGAAAUGGAACUGAAGGACACUCAGCUGGCUCAGAACUAUUGUAAGAAGUGCAGAAGAGUGGCCAAUGGAGACUGUCUCAGAUCUGUGGGAUCCUGCACAGUUGGGUAAAACUUCAGAGUGACUUCCCCAGCCAUUCCUUUUAUUUAUUUGAAAACUUGUGAAGACUUUAUUAUUAUUAUUUUUUUGUAAUUUGAAGUGAUGGAAAAGAUGUUGCAGUUGAUAGCAA